CUUAAAAGUAAACUCAUUACACGAGAGCCAAAUUCCCAGUUCCAAGAACAAUGUCAUUUAAGAAACUACUUUUCGUGUGCAUGGGCAACUCUUGCAGCUCCCCGAUGGCGGAGACCAUCAUGCAGAAUCUAAUGGUGAAGACCAGUCUGUACUGGGAGGUCGAUAGUGCCGCAUUACGCACCUGGAACAUCGGAAGACGACCAAAUGCACAAUGCCUGCGCGUUUUGCGAGAGCACGGACUGCGCUCAGAUCACUUUUGCCGGCUGUUGUCGAUUCAGGAUUUUUACUACUUUGAUUACAUCAUAACCAUGAACAUGCACGUACACAAGGAGUUGCUCGUCUGGAUGGAUGCCAAUCACGUCGACAGAUCCUCCCAGGUGCUCAUGCUUGACUCUUUCGGGCCGAAUGGCAAGUCGCUCAUCAGUCUAACGCCGGCACAUAAGAUGAAAUCCUUUCGGAAUGCCUACUAUCACAUCAAGGAGUGUUGCAAGAAGCUCAUCAUCGAUCAGCAAGUAAAAAUUGUGCAGUAUCAUUUGCCCAGCUCCGAUGACGAAGAUGAGCGUAAAUAUCAAAUGAUGAGCCAAACACAAACUGUGGACUCCAGUGAGAGUCCCGAGUCUUUAAAUAUCGAAUGCAAGAAACAGUUUCCCUCAAGGAGCUCCUUCAACAUUUCAUGUUCAUUAUGUUCGGUGCCUAAGUCACAUCAGAAAAAGCUCUGCCAAAAGUGUGGCCAGAAAUUCUUGGCAAAGCUCUAAAUAGACGCAAAACACAAAUGGUAAUACGACAUUGAAAGACGAGUACAAAUAAUAGCCCUAUUGCACAAGUUUUGUUAAUAAAAAGAAAAACCAAAGCUGACUUUAAUCUGACAAUUGUCAGAUUUUGUUCAUAGUUUUGCAUAUUUUAUUGAUCUA